AUGCUCGGCUCCCUCUCCAACAUGCAACCCCGCCAACUAGCGACCCAAGUCCUAAACUUUGCCCUCGUCCUCAGCACAGCAUUCAUGCUCUGGAAGGGCCUCUCGGUCGCAACGGACUCGUCCUCUCCCAUCGUCGUUGUACUCUCCGGAUCCAUGGAACCCGCUUUCCAACGCGGAGACCUGCUGUUCUUGUGGAACAGAGGGCUGGAUACCAAAGUGGGAGAGGUCGUGGUGUAUAAUGUGAGGGGCAAGGAUAUCCCCAUCGUGCAUAGGGUUGUCAGGAGGUUUGGUGGUGGUGUUNNGGGUAAGUUCUUUUUCCCUCUUCCUUCUCUACCUUUGGGUAUGGUGGAGCAGAUGCUAAUCAAGAUGUGUGAAAACAGACUCAACGCACCUCCCCUCCAACUCCUCACAAAGGGCGACAACAACGCAGCCGAUGACACCGAACUCUACGCCAGAGGCCAGGACUUUUUGACCCGCAAGACAGACGUUAUCGGCAGUGUGGUUGGCUACGUUCCUUUCGUGGGCUACGUUACCAUUCUCCUGGCCGAGUACCCUUGGCUCAAGACUGUGAUGCUGGCCUUUAUGGGCUUGACGGUCGUCUUCCAGAGGGAAUGA